CGAGGUCGUCAACAGAACGCGCUUUCUCCCCUCCCCCCCUAACCAACGUCCCCUCAACAUCCACAUCGCCCUCCCCUAUCGUACCACGGCUUAAACCCCGUCCCAUACCUGCAAGAUGGUGUACGUGCGCCAGGAAAAGCUUCCCGGCCUCAAGAAAUACAAGUACAACGGCGUAGACCACUCGCUCCUCUCGCGCUACGUCCUCAAGCCCUUCUACACCAACUUCGUCAUCAAGUGCUUCCCGCUAUGGAUGGCGCCAAACCUGAUCACGCUGACGGGGUUUUCGUUCGUGGUGGUUAAUGUCCUGACGCUGCUGUGGUACACGCCGAGUCUCGACCAGGACUGUCCGAGCUGGGUGUAUUAUUCGUGGGCGGUUGGGUUGUUCCUAUACCAGACGUUCGAUGCGGUUGAUGGGACGCAGGCACGGCGCACGAGGCAGAGCGGGCCGUUGGGGGAGCUGUUCGAUCAUGGUGUCGACGCGGUGAAUACCAGUCUUGAAGUUCUCGUUUUCGCCGCGAGCCAGAAUCUCGGGAUGGGAUGGAAGACUGUCAUGGUUCUCUUUGGAUCUCUCCUAACCUUCUACGUCCAAACCUGGGACGAGUACCACACCAAGACCCUAACACUCGGCCUCGUCUCCGGCCCCGUCGAAGGCCUCGUCAUGCUCUGCCUCGUCUACGCAUUCACCGGCUACGUUGGCGGCGGCAGCUUCUGGCAACAAUCCACGUUUGCCGCGCUGCACGUCCCCAAGUACGCUUUCAUCCCGGAUAUCAUCUAUAACAUGCACUGGGACGAGUGGUACAUGGUCCAAGGCGGGCUGGUGCUAACCUACAACACCAUCUCAGCCGCCCAGAACGUCGUCCGUAUUCGUCGGGAGCGCGGACAGCGAUCGCGCGUCGCGCUGCUGGGACUGAUCCCCUUUUUUGUGACGUGGACGCUUAUCCCGACGUACCUGUAUCUGCAGCCGGUGAUCUUGAACGAGCAUCUCGUGCCGUUCGUCUUCUUCGCUGGGCUGGUGAAUGCGUACUCCGUCGGGCAGAUGAUCACAGCGCACUUGGUGCAGUUGGACUUCCCGUACUACAAUGUGCUGAUACUGCCGCUGGCGUAUGGGGUGUUUGACUCGCUGGGACCGGUGCUGCAGGAGCAUGUUGGGGUUGGGUGGCCGAGCGCGCUGGGCGAUGGGGUGUACCAGGUUGCGUAUCUGUUCUGUAUGCUUGGGUGUGCUAUUGGGGUUUAUGGAAGCUUUGUGGUUGAUGUGAUUGUCACUAUUUGCGAUUACCUUGAUAUCUGGUGCCUUACCAUCAAGCACCCCUAUCAUGAGGGCGACGAGCUGAAGAAGCAGUCGUAGAGAGGGGGCGAGGGGGCCAGUUAUGCAAAGAUUGUAUAGAGAGCUGGUUAUGAUUGGCAAUGCGGCGGCUGUAUUGUGUUGAUGAAGCAUGUAAGACUACAGAUUGGAUAAGUGUUCGGCCACCGAGGCAAGGCAUGAGAUAGGAUUUUCUGGUUGCCGGCACGGAACUAUGGGUUUAUGCACUUUUUUACGACUAUGCGAUGAGGAAUGGUGGACGGUGGUGGACUAAUAGGAGGAAAUAUUAAUACCCAGACUUUUUGAAAGUG